AUGAACUGCAACAACACAGUGCCACGCCACUCUGAUGGAUGUGUCGUGAACUACGAGUUUGUGUGGGAUUUCAAUAAUGGGAAGAGGUUGGCAGUUUUUAUGCUAGGUAUAAACCCUAAACUGUUCACGAGGUUAAAUGGCAUCUGUUCUACGCCCUCCAUCCACAAUGUCAUCCUUAAUUCUUCCAAAAUUCCACUCUCCGAACCUUAAAUUUCACAAACCCACAAUCCAAAAAUUCACCUUCCCUCAUUUACUCACAAAACACCGCACGAUUUCCUGCACAAACACAAACGCGACCCCAUGGGACCCACCCCCGGUCACAUACGCCCAAAAAGACGAGUUCCUACCGGGCCCCACUAACUUAUUCGAAACCGUUGACUCAAGUCAAACCAAAACCACCGAACCCAUAAAAACAAACACAAAAAACUCAUACAUUAGAUGGCCGAUGUGGAUCGUGGGCCCCACGAUUCUUCUAGCCACGGGAAUAAUCCCAACUCUUUGGUUACCAAUUUCAUCAAUCUUUUUAGGCCCAAAUAUCGCGACCCUUUUAGCCCUAACCGGGCUCGACUGUAUCUUCAACCUCGGUGCAACCCUUUUCCUUCUAAUGGCCGACGCCUGCUCACGGCCCACGGGUCAAGACGCGGACCCGGGGCUUAGCCGGGCCCCGCUCGGCUACCGGUUUUGGAACAUGGUUGCAACCGUAUCCGGUUUCGUCGUUCCACUAUCCGUUUUCAUCUUUUCCCAAAAGGGAAUUUUGGAACCGCAAAUUCCUUCGAUUUCGUUCGCGAUUGUGUUGGGGCCGUAUCUUUUGCUUCUUGCGGUGCAAAUGCUGACGGAGAUGCUUACGUGGCAUUGGGAAUCGCCAGUGUGGCUUGUGACUCCGAUAGUGUAUGAAGGGUAUAGGGUUUUGCAGUUGAUGAGAGGGUUGAAGCUUGGAGGUGAGAUUGGUGCACCCGGGUGGACGGUUGAUAUGGUUAGGGUUUUGGUUUGUUGGUGGGUGUUGGUUCUUGGGGUGCAAAUCAUGCGUGUGGCGUGGUACGCGGGGUUUACAGCGCACCUUCGUAAAGAUGAGUCAUCGAAGGGUGUCGAUGUGGAUGCGGAAAGUUCUUCGUGAAAUUAUCGAAAGUUUUAUAUUUUUUGCUAUAUGUUUUUUGACUUUUGUGUAUAAAGUUAUUAAAUUACAACAAUAAGUUAUAGAUUUUAGUAGAAUAUGCAAUUUUUAUUAAAGAAAAAGUGUUACAUGUAAGGAAUAGCAACAUAUUUUUAUUUAUUUAUGUGAUACAAUAUCGUUUUCGUAUUCUAUUUGGUACGUUUAACAUGUAGGUAAUUGUGAGAAAUGGCGACUUCGUAUUUACUAUUUUGUUUUUGAAUAAAAUCCAACAAUAAGCUUUAGAUUUGAAAAGUUUUCAGCAACAAUAUGCAACUAUAUUAAAAGAAAAAGGGACGAAUGUAAGAAAUAGCAAUGUACUUUUGUUUAUUUGUGUAUUGUAUUUUAGUUUUUCUUAUGAAGAAAUUAUAGUUUGAAUAUUUUAUCCAAAUUUAAUAGUGAAAAUUGUUUUGUAUU